AUGGUCCAGACUCACCGGCCCCAGCUAGCCAGGGUGGAUCCCGCCGGGCGGGAUGCUCCUCAGACCCUGGCCACCCCCGGAGAGGGAGGCGGUAGAAGGAUCCGCACACGGACAACCAGGGAAGGAGCGCCCAGGAUUGAGGGGUCCCACCAGGGCUUCGCCACCCACCGCGAUCUCACCUGGAGCGGCUCAGCCGCGGCCCGGCUGCAGCUGCACAGCCUGCUGCCUCCCGAUUGGCUCAGCUUCGGCCCCUCGCCUAUUCGCUUCCGGGCGGUAGAGCUGGCUGCCCAGGAGGAAUCGCCGAGUCAAGAAAAUCUUAGCAACACACCUCUGUCAACUGCAGAAGUGUAUAAGAUAAACUUUGUAUUUCCAAAUGGAGACAAGUAUGAUGGUGACUGUACAAGAACAUCUUCUGGAAUCUUUGAGAGAAAUGGAAUAGGUAUUCAUACCACUCCUAAUGGGAUUGUCUACACAGGAAGCUGGAAAGAUGACAAGAUGAAUGGUUUUGGAAGACUUGAGCACUUUUCAGGGGCAGUAUAUGAAGGACACUUUAAGGACAAUAUGUUUCAUGGAUUGGGGACUUACACAUUCCCAACUGGGGCAAAGUAUACUGGAAACUUCAAUGAAAAUAGGGUAGAAGGUGAAGGACAAUACACUGAUGUCCAAGGACUGGAAUGGUGCGGUAACUUCCAUUUCACUGCUGCUCCGGGCCUGAGACUAAAGCUCCACAUGUAGGAUAUCCUGCAGUAAAGUUUUAAUGUAGUAAUGAAAGCUUUUAGUUGUAAGGAAAACACUGAAAUCUGUCAACUGAAAUAACUUCAUACCCUACCUCUAGAUCAUAACUUUGCCAAUAAAACCAUCACUCACACCUUUUUGAACUUGAUUUUCAUCAUCGUAUACUCAGUGUAAAAUAAAUUAUGUGAUUCCUUUUAAUAAACACAGCAGAACUAUCUAAAUCUUGGUAAAGUCAA